UAUCGUCCUCCAUAUUCUGCCACCACAAUCGUCCGCGCUUUUUCGUAUUACCUUUCGUCACAGAGACGCAAUCACCAAUCACUCAAUCAAUUUCGUCUGCCUCCUCAGCUGAUUUGCCGCGACGCCUGUUUGACCUUAAUUGUUAUCCUUCUCAUCUAGUUCGUAUCAACUCAUACUCAAGACCACAGUACCUCCUCGACAUUUUAAAUGUCUUGGAUGGGAUGCCUGAGCUCCAAGAAUUAUUGGCAUCUCCGCUUAGCCCUCUUUUCUCGUUCCUUGUUCGCCAAAGUUUGCUAUUUGGCCAUUUUGUGGACCAGCUGUUAUGCAGACAGCUGUGUUCUGAUAAUACUAAUGAAAUUUGGUUCCUCUUUGCGGGACAACCUUUUCGUUUCUCUCUUAUCGAGUUUGCAGAGGUUACUGGUUUAUGUUGUUCUUCUUUUCCACCCGUGCCAGAGUUACUCUCUGCUACAACUCAUGCUGACGGUUCUGCUCCUUACUGGUAUACAUUAAUUGGACGUCAACUAGGGACGGCAACGGUUGAUGACCUUGUUCUAUCUUUGAAAUCAGACAAAACAAUGUCGGCAUGGCGAAAGUUCAGACUCCCCUUAGUUGCCAUUGUAGAAGGCAUUCUUUUAUGCAGGACGCAGCCAGUUAAGCCAUCUGUGGAAGUAGUUGAAAUGGUUAAGAAUGUUGAGUUCUUCCUCCAUUAUCCAUGGGGACUCCACUCAUUUAACCGCAUCAUACGGAUGGUUUGGGUAGGAGAUUACAUUGCAGACAACGCUUCUCUUAUAAGAAAACUGCAGCAGUCAUCUAUGGAUGUUCAUGGCUUCCCGCUUGCUAUUCAGUUGUUUGCUUUCAGGACUAUUCCGGCUUUGCUGAAAUAUCUUCCUCAUUUAGAUGACCACUCAACAUUUCUACAUCAGACUGUUGCUUAUCUGCCUAAAUGCAGGGCGUUCCAUGCGUCCAACAUAUUUGCAGUUGAGAAUGAUACUACAGUAUGGUCUAUACACCUGUACACAUGCGGAAUUUUAUUCUGGCUUUUUUUCUUAACAUUUCAUUUGUUUCAUCUCGGAGGUUGAAGUAUUGUUCCUCCACCCAUAUUUUUCAGUGUUUGUCCCAACUAACCAACCUGACUGCAAAAUACUAAAUCUAGAACGUCUUCUUUCCUGUUGUCAUAAGUUUAAUAAAGCUUCAUGGGGUAAUGGUUCUGCCCCGAUACGUCAUGUCUACUCUUUCUCGAAACGGAACAGACUACACACCAAGACUAGAGUUUCACCGGCUUCCGAACAGAGCCGAGCAAACGUUAGAACUCGUUUGAAGAAGGGAAAGAUUGUUAAUUCUGUUCGGUUUGUUGACGAUCUUGUAGACUUGGCUUUAAGGAAUCUUUGUUGGCUGAUCUCGACGAGCUUCUUAUCAAUGCAUUGCCUACGUCAACACACAGACUUUCUCACGGUUCUGUCCAGCCUGUUAAGAAGCUAUUGUCGUGUUCAGAGCAAAGAUCCUCUGCAUCCGUUCGUUCUACACAUACAGAUGUUGUACGCAUCUUAGUCUUCUGUUGUUUGGUUUUACGUAUACUAGAAAAUAUUAGAAGUAGUUUGUUAAGAAACUAUAUUGCAUUACUUGUUAAU